AUGGAUUCUGUUAAAUGUCAGGAAAGAUUUAUGUCUUUUAAACCCGGUCCUAAAGAUGAAUUAAACUUCAUUAACGGCAGUGGUAGCAACAAAAACAAAAAGCUUCUAAGCGAAACUUUGACGAAUCCUUCACUAAUUUGCACGAAAUGUCGUGAAUCCGAGAACGUGCGUUACAAAUUGUUGCCUUGUCUUCAUCUCUGUUGUGUUCCCUGUUUAGAAGAUUUGUUAGAAAAAAAUAGGAUUGCUAUGCCAAGAAAGUCUGAAGUGGAAGAAGUGAGAUGCUCCAUUUUUUCGUGUCCCCAGUGUAGUUACGUCGUCAGGGUCGUCAACGGAGAUGUGACCUUUUUAAGGGACAUCAUUUCAAAGACAUCGGUCAAUGGAGUUUCUCAGAAAUUAGAAUUGUGUUGUAGUCUGAAUAAUAAUGUCAACAAUGAUAAUGGAUGUUAUGUCCUAAAUAAAGAUGAUGAAGAUGCAUGUGCCAAUAGUAACAAUAGUAAUAAUAUAUUAAAAUCAAAUAACUUAGAUGUAUGCUGUGAUAAUUUUUCUAUCAAAAUUGCGCAGUAUUAUUGUGCUACGUGUCAAAUGUUUCUGUGCAACGACUGUCAUGUGACUGAAACAUCUCAACACCUUCACAGCCAGCAUAACUUACAACCAUUUAAUGAUUUUUUAAAUUUCAAGAAAUCAAAUGUUGAUAAGUUGUUAAGAGAAAUUCGUGAUCAUAAACUGAAAUCUAUGCAAGAAUCUAUCAGAUUGAAUAUGAUAAAAGAAAACUUGGCAAAAAAUAGAGACAAAAUGAAAUCAUACAUAACCAGCAAAUCUGAUGAACUAUGCAAUCAAAUCAUGCAACACAGAGACAGGCUGCUUCAACAACUUUCACUGCAGUUUGACUUCUGCUUAGAUGAGUAUAACUCCAAAGAACAAACACUCUCAAAGAGUAUUCAGGCAUUAGACGACUGCAUACAUUUUUCAGAUGAGUUUCUCCAAGUCAAACACACAGUUAACUUUUUAAACAUAGAAGAUGAGUUGAUCUCCCACAUGAACAGAACACUCGCUCAACAACAAAACAACAAUAAUGCUAAAAUUAAAAUACAGCAAUUUAAACUAGAGCAACCAGAUCACAACAAAAGGGACCAAUUAAUAGAAAAGCUUUUAGGAUCUUUGAUUAUAGGAAAUGUAGGGUCAGGUAUUUCCCAAUCUGUUGCCAAGUACAAUGCAGGCAUUUCCUGGCCCUGUUGCUUGGCAACCAACAACAAAGAUGUAAUAAUAGCUGGUAAAACAGAAAGUUCUGGAGGGUUUGGAAAACUUUUAUUUUUCAACAAAGAUACAAAAUUAUUAAAAUCAAUAAGUUUCCAUGACAACAUUCUUCCAGUCGACAUGAUCUCUGUUGAUGAUAGGCACUUCCUGCUGACAACAAACUCAGGUGAAGUUAGCAAAUUUUCAUUUCAAGGUGAAUUAGUAAAUAAAUGGGUGAACAUAUUUGAGGGACCAUCUGGUCACAUGACCCUUCCUGAUUGGCACAACAUUACCAACAAAGUUAAUAACAGCAAUGAAGUCUUGAUAACCAAUGCCAAUAAUGAAAUUACACUUUUCAACACUGAUAGAGGUGAGAUUAAAAACAGAAUCAAGUUAAAAUCCAAAUAUCAGGUUAUCAGAUCUCUAGCAAAGCACCCAACAGAUGAUGUAAUAUUCAUAGUCUUUGAUAACAACAUCAUCCAAUCAUUUGACAGCUUAGGAAAUCUUUUAAACUCAAAUUUGGUAAACUCGCAAACAGACAUCAAGUGCCCAACCAGCAUUAUUUGUGAUACAUUUGGUAAUCUACUUGUCUCGGAUUUCAUCAACGAUCGAAUUUCCCUCUUUUCCAGUGAUGGGCGAUUUUUAGGCGUGAUUAUCGACAAGCAGACAGAUGGAAUAUCGUGUCCGAACAAAAUGAUGUUGGAUUCACACUACAAAUUGUAUGUAGCUCAGUGUGGUGGAGACGUUGAGGUCUUCAAUUACAUCAGUAUCGUAAAAAAGGCUUGA